CAUGCGACAUCGUCUCAAAGGCAUACGAAGGAAACAUCCGAAAUCAGCGAUCGAGCAAGCUCAUGAAAGCGAAAAGGAAAAGAUUUCCCACUCAAUUAGAGACUACCGGCGGUCACUGUUCCUCUGUUGUCCCUUCAGUUAACAGGUGGAUGCUGUCAAAGUUUGGUCAAAAACGUGUGAGAAAAAAAGUCGAUUCAUUUAGGGAUAAGCUGAUGGCUAUGGAAGAACCUAUGGAACGGGUGCUUCUUGCCAUGCCAAACAACCUAAUGGCAUUUUCAGUUGGCAGUUUUGAGCAGAUCCAGUAUUAUCAUAGAUAUAUUGGCUCAAGUUCUAGAUUGCAGUAUCAUGUUUUAUGUUCUUUUCAUUGGUGACAAGUGUAAAUGCAAACAAUACCCUGGAUGGUAUUAUGCUGCUUUUUCAACUGGUACUCCACACACAAGGAAACGAUUGAGCUGCUUUUUGGACAUGCUCUGAAAGUAGGAAUACUCAUUAAUGCUAAAAAUGUGUACUAUCAGAAACACCCUGUGCUCAGGGGAACCUGAAAAACUAUAAAUACUUACAAAUUUAGGAGGCUCUUUAAGCCAUCCUCUGGUUUUGCGAGUGACAGUUUCUAGGGGUACUACAGCCCUUUGGAAGAACAACCUCCUCCCUCAUACUGUUCAUUAUAAUUCCAUGAGCAUAGUUGGGAAAUUUUUCUGAAGUGGUUAUGCACUAGUGGUCAAUCCAGGUGAGAGUUCCCCUCCUUCAACUCCUUACUACUAGUCUGAAAUCCAAAUUCUUCUCACAAAAGACUCGCACAUUACUAAAAUUAACCUGAAUUAUAUAAUAGACCAGUUUUUAUUUAUCCCCUGUGGUUGGGGGAUUUUUGGGGGGGUCACAUGGUUUGUAGGGGGGAAUGGAGGGGGAUCAGCUAUCACCAACAGAGUAUAAAGGAGGGAACUAUAGAAAAUGGACUGGGAUCAUAAGCCUAAACCUUUUGGGGGAUGAGGUAAAUUUUGUAGAGACACAACUAAAAUCCUACAGCCUCCUCCACUCCCUCCCCCCUCCUCAAGCAAUAAAUGAUAAACAGUCCAAAAAACCUAAAAUGUACUUAUCUUUGAAUAUUUUAAACUUAUUCAGGCUCUAAAGUAAAAAAAAAGUGUUUUUAAUCAAAGUUUGGAUCCUUUCCCUAUCAGAAAUACAUGGAUCUGCUUCCUGUAUACCUCUCAUCAGCAAUGGCUACUCUGAACCUUUCACUGACAUGUCACUCAACAGUCGAGCUGUGAGUUGAACUUUGAUUGAAAAGUUGACAUUUGAGUUUCUAUCAGCAUGUUGAGAAUAUAAAAUAAUUAUGUAUUUGCAAAUCUCUGAUCGAUAAGAAAGACAUUAAUAUCCGCCAUCUAUUAUUAGUAAACUAUUUUAAAAAUACUAUAACUAAAUGGGGAUCUUUUUAAAAAGCUCAGCAGAGCUUGCUAGAUCUCCUGCCGUAUCUUGAUUAUCAUGUAGUAUGUAUUAUGCGAGGUAAGGAACUAUUGAAGGUGAAUAAAGAAAGAGAAUAUACAUUUA